CAGCAAUACUCUUAUUGUUCUUUAGGAGCUAUAUAAGUGAGAAAUUCUGAAUUUCUCCAGAGGAAAGAAGAGAAUACCUGUAAUUUAAAAGAGUGUGUCUGAGUUUCCUGCAGCAUCAGAAGAGGGAGAGACAGACACCAUGAUUCCUACCAAGAUGCUACUGCUCUUGCUGUCAAUGGCUUUGCUGGCCUUGGGCUCUGCUCAGGGCAUCGAUGAUGAUAAUGAAUUGUUGAAAGAAAACCCCGGGGAAUCACAAGUCACAUCUCAAGAAGAAAAUGGAGAUCAGAACGGCAAACUGGGCAAAGAUGAAAACAAAGGCAAUGGACAACAGAAGAAGCCUCAUGACCAUGGUGUUCAGGGAGGCCAGGGCGGCCCAUUUAACAUAAGUGGCCCACAUCCCCCACAACGCCCACAUGGCAGCCCAGUUAAUAUAAGUGGCCCACAUCGCCCACAUCGUCCUGGUGGCCAACAAGGCCCUCAGAGACCAGAUGGCCAAGGUGGUCCAGGUGGUCCUCAUGGUCCAGCAGGCCAACAAGACCCAGAUGGUCCACAGGGUCCAGGAGCCCAGGGUGGUCCAGGUGGCCCACAGGGUCCAGUAGGUCAACAAGGCCCAAAUGGCCAACAGCGUCCAGGGUCCCAAGGUGGUCCAGGUGGGCCACAGGGUCCAGCAGGCCAGCAAGUUCCAGGUGGCCAACAGCGUCCAGGAGCCCAAGGUAGUCCAAGUGGCCCACAAGGUCCAGCAGGCCAGCAAGGUCCACUUGGCCAACAGCGUCCAGGAGCCCAAGGUGGUCCAGGUGGCCCACAAGGUCCAGCAGGCCAACAAGGCCCAGGUGGCGAACAGCAUCCAGGAGCCCAAGGUGGUCCUAGUGGCCCACAGGGUCCGGCAGGCCAACAAGGUCCAGGUGGCCAACAGCGUCCAGGAGCCCAAGGUGGUCCAGGUGGCCCACAGGGUCCUACAGGCCAACAAGGUCCAGGUGGCCAACAGCAUCCAGGAGCCCAAGGUGGUCCAGGUGGCCCACAGGGUCCAGCAGGCCAACAAGGCCCAGGUGGCCAACAGCGUCCAGGAGCCCAAGGUGGUCCUAGUGGCCCACAUGGUCCGGCAGACCAACUGGGUCCAGGUGGCCAACAGCGUCCAGGAGCCCAAGGUGGUCUAGGUGGCCCACAGGGCCUAGGUGGCCAGAGUGGUGGACAGUGACAAGGAAAACCAAGUAAAGAGGACCUCCUGUGAUUUUCUAGGUAUUAAUUCUAUUCUUAUCAAUAAUCUUCUGAAUUUCUUUUGACGUUUUCUAAUUCUCUUUUCUUGUUUCUCUUUUGUCUUUGUUAAAUUUUGACGUCAAUCUCACUUAAAAUUGUUGUUUAUGCUAUGACUCUCCUAGCCUUAAGCUAACCCUUAAAAUCUCUCCUCCAUUUACAAUCAAGUGUUCUUUCCUCCAGACAAUUUGUUUUAUUUUCACGCUCAUUCUUAUAUUCACCUUUAACCUUCCCGUUUCUACCUUCCCCCACCCCCGUCCUCUUCUUCUCUCCUCUCUUCCUUUUACUCUCUUUUGGCCUGACCUCUGACAUCCUACUUCUCUCCCUUAACAUGAUGCUUGUAAUGUCCUCUAGCAUCCACUAGGAAAACACUGACAUAGAUCAAUUUCAGGCCUAACGAAUAUUUCUGUCUAAAAUUCUUCUCUUUGUAGGACAAACAUUAUAUGUUCUCAUUCAUUUGGGGAAUAUAAAUAAUAGUGAAAGGGAAUAUAAGGGAAGGGAGAGGAAAUGUGUGGGAAAUAUCAGAAAGGAAGACAGAACAUAAAGACUCCUAACUCUGGGAAACGAACUAGGGGUUGUGGAAGUGGAGGAGGGCGGGUGGUGGGGGU